AUGUCUCGCCAACACGUCAGAGGCCACUCGUACCACGAGGCGCAGAGGCCGCACCCCGCGCAGGGCUCGUCCGCCGUGCCCGUCACGGGCGGCGAGCGCGCCGCUGCAGCGGCGGCGCGCGCAGGCGGAGCGGAGGCCGCAAGGCCCGUGGCCGGCAAUCUAGAGAGCUUCCUCGCGCACGUCACCCCGCACGUCAAACUGCACUUCCUCCCCCAGGUACCGCCUACCGCCUCCCCCGUUCUCUCCCACAGGUACCACCCUCUCCCUUUCUUUUCCCAGGACUGGUGCGACGAGCACAGCAACGGCGCGCGCGCCAAGGCCCCCCCCGGCGCGCCUCCCGCAGCGUUCUUCGCGCUGAGCGACCUGUGGGACGCGCUGGAGGAGUGCAGCGCGUACAGCGCCGCCGUGCCGCUGCACCUCCCCCCCACAGGCGCGCCCGCCACGCAGCACUACGCGCCCUCCAUCUCCGGCCUCCAGCUCUUCUCCCGCCUCCCCGCGUCCGCCGCGGGCCCCCCUGCGCCCGCGGGCCCCCCCGCCCCGCGCCUGAACUCGCGCAGCCCGCUGGAGCAGCCCAGCCUGGCGUCGUCCCCCCACUCCCCGCACUCCCCCCACUCCCCGCACUCCCCGCACUCCCCCCAAUCCCCCCACUCCCCGCCGUCUCCCUGGGCGUCGUAUCUGGAGGAGGGCGGCAAUGGGCGGUGCGAGGAGGGUGCAGAGGCGUGGUGCCGUGACUGCAGCGGCGGGCGUCCGCUGCUGGAGUUCUUCGAGCGCGCACCGCCACACUGCCGCCCGCCGCUCUACACCAAGGUGCCUAACACAUGCACCGCCACGCCACACUGCCGCCCGCCGCUCUACACCAAGCUUGGGCUGCCCAUGCGCCGCUGCUCCCAGAGUGGGUGCCGCUGCCUCCCUGUGUGUGCCGCUGCCUUGCCUUGCAUGCCCCUCUGCGGUAGGCGGCAGAGGGAGCGGGCAGUGCGAGCUGGAGCUGAGAGCGCGCGUUUGAGUCAAGCCAAAACUCGAUUCACUCUUGCAGCUGCAUCCGCGCAGCUGGAUCGCCAUCGCCUGGUGUGUGUGCCUGCCCGUCCCCUUUGCAAGGGGGGGCUAGCACCCCCUUGCACCCCCACCUUACUGCGCUCUGCCACGCACUGUCCCUUGUGCCACAUCGUGCCGCCGCGUCCCCUCUUUCACCACACCCACCCACCACACUCUCUGCACUGCACCCACUCGUUCCCCGAUUUCCGUGUCUCCCCAACAAUGCCCUCGUUCGCCGCUCCCGCACCCCCGUCCUGUCCCGUCCCACUGCCAUCACGUUUUGAGACGUCUCACAGCUUGCACCCACACCCAUACGUCUCACAGCUUGCACCCACACCCAUGUUCUGUGCAUGCUCCCCCCCGUCCUGUCCCGUCCCACUGCCAUCACGUUUUGAGACGUCUCACAGCUUGCACCCACACCCAUGUACCCGGUGUACAGCAUUCCCACAGCCGUGGCACUGUCCCUUGUGCUCCCCCCCCUUCUCAUCCCACGUGCCCAUCACUCACGUGCCUCACUGCCCCCCUGCGCGCCCAUCACCCCUGCCCACCCAUCCCCCCUGCGUGCCCAUCACCCCUCACGUGUCCAUCCCUGCCUGCGAGCGCAGGUUCUGGAUCGCGCCGCCCUCCUUGCCCGUCUUCCAAUCCGCCAAGCACGUGCCCGCCCGCCCAUCGUUGGAUUCAGCUGACGGGGCGAGCGAGGGGAGGCAACGGGGGGUUUUCACGACGCCUCUGGUGCCGUUUGGCUUUGCGGGGUACAAGACGUGGGGGACGGUGUGGGCGGACCGGGGGGCUGUGCGGGGCCUGGAGGUGGCGGCAACGCAAUGGCUCAGGCAGAUUGAUGCCAACCUGCCCGACCAUGCCUUCUUCUCCAGGCAGCGAUAG